UGAAGUAGGGGAGAACCCUGCCCCCGCUGGACCCUAAGGGGUGGGAGGAGCGGGUGGGCGGAGCCUGAGUGCUACCUACUCUCCCUCCUCGCCCUCCUAAUCUCCAGUCCAGGGCUGAUUUGCAGAGAGAGGGAGGCUUUCCGCCCAACGGUAUCCAGCAAGUAAGGUCUCUCCAGACCAUUGCCAUUUCCCCAGCUGAGUUGGGAACAGGAGCCUCACCAUGCUGGAAUAUGCUGCCAUGGCGAUCGGAGGAGUUGCGGCUGUGGCUAGUGCACCUGCCGUGCUGGCCGCCAUGGGCUUCACUGGGGCAGGAAUCGCAGCCUCCUCCCUAGCAGCCAAGAUGAUGUCUGCUGCCGCAGUGGCCAAUGGGGGCGGAGUCGCAGCAGGCAGCCUGGUGGCCACCCUGCAGUCUGCUGGGGCAGCUGGACUCUCUGCAUCAACCAACUUCCUCCUGGGCACUGCAGGGUCAGUCGUUGGGACCUGGCUAGCUGGAGCAGGAAACACCACCUAGCAGUUGAAGCGGAGGCUGACAAGGACCACCCAGGAGACGAUGCUCCCCAAGCUGAACCUCCAAACGUCAAGUCAGAGAAAGAGAAGGAAUAAAAGUUACUUGCUGGUGCCUAUCUUUGCUCCUUGUGACUCUUGUGGGAGCUGUGAGUUGGGGGUUUCAAGUCCUCAGGGUCCCACAACCAGACUGAGACUGGGGGCGGGGGAUGGGGAACAGGGUGACCAUCACACAGUCAGUCAGCAGGAGGCUUUGGGUGGGUCCAGUCAAAGUAGGAAUAGGCUGUGUGACUUGUUUGUUUGA